UUAGGGUUCGGAUACUUUAGUUGUGGUUUCUAGUGAAGCGUCAUGCGCUAACAGCUUAAUCUUUCGUGUUUUGGACGGUAGUUACGAAACAACUCCAGAAAUAUAGCCGUUGAACGUCAGCUUGUGUGCAUGCAUCCUGUGUAAGCAACUGCCGUAAAGACUGAUCAUUCCCACCAGCUAUCCACAGUUUUUACUCAUGACGGACAGAAGCAGCAGCGUGGAGUGGGUUGAGACAACCGAGGAGGUGGUUGUAACUGAGGAGUGCAUUCCCAUUGAAAACAACCCCCCUGCAGUUUUAGAGCCAGCAGACACGCCAAUACAGAAGUUACUGGACGCUGUGGGGCAGGGAGAAAACCCAGAUGGUGACGAUGGCUUUUAUUGCGAGGAGUGCCUGACUCUCUUCCAGGACCAGAGUGAUCCUGACAACAUUAAUGGCCCAUCUUUUAUUCUCGAUUUUCCAACAAACAUGGGCGUCAUGCAGAGGGCCCUCCUGACUCUGCCUUUUGGCCUGAUGAUAGGCAGAUCUAGUAUUCCCAGUGCAGGGAUUGGGGUCCUAAAUUAUGGGCCUGCAGUGUCUCCUGGAAUGCAUUUUGGACCAUUUGAGGGGGAAGUGACAACAAGGGAGAUUGCCAUGGCAACUGACUUCUCAUGGGAGAUUUACAAAGAUAAGGAUGACUAUGACUACAUUGAUGCUGCCAAAGAAUCAUACUCAAACUGGAUGAGGUAUGUCAACCAUGCCCGUCAUAGAGAUGAGGCAAAUCUGUUGGCAGUCCAGUACAAAGGUAGCAUCCUCUUUCACUGCUGUCGCACCAUAAAUACUGGAGAUGAGCUCUUGGUGUGGCCCAGCAGCAAACUUCAUGCCCACUUUAGUGAUCCUUGGGCCCAGAUGUGGUAUUUGAAGUUGAAUGCAACAGAGAGUACUGUAUCCGGUACAACUCAGAUCUUCCUGUGCGCCCACUGUCAGUUGUCUUUCACCACCAAAGCCUUCCUCCAGCGACACACAGAAUACUUUCACACGCAGCCUGAAAGUGCUGAAGUAGCUGAUGGAGAAAAUAAUGCCUCCAGUGCUGCAGGAUCACUGGUGGUACUGUCUGUUGAUCCUCUUGAAUCUAAAACAUGUGACGAUUGCGGAAAGACAUUCAAGCAAAUACCUCAUCUUAGGAGGCACAAGCUUUGUGUUCACUCCAACAAACGCCCCUAUUGCUGCCCAUGUUGCAGGCGAAGCUUUAGCCAGGCAUCUGGCUUAAUCAGACAUCAGUUAGUUCAUAGGAAGCAGGCUGUAGGAAAAGCUUCCAAUCAGAAGCAAGUCCUCAGCAACAAAGAGAGUGUAACGCCAGAGUCAGAACUUUUAAAGGCAGGAGAUUCAGUUGUAUCUGAAAAAAUGAAUGAAAAUGAGAACCAACAAGAAGCUAUGGAUACAACUGAGGCUCCUGAGUCUUGUGCAGGUGAGUCAGAAACACUCCAGUCAAACUGUUUAGAUUGUGGUAAGAGUUUCACAAAGGAAUCAUCCCUCAAAAAGCAUAAGGUGACUGUCCAUGAGAGGAUACGUCCGUACGUCUGCGCUGUUUGUCAGAAAUGCUUCGGUCAGUACAAUGACCUGACCAGACACCUGCAGCGUCACCAGAAACAGAGUAAAACAAAAACAAAUGAGGAUCCAGAGGACUCCGACAUAUUGCCCUUCAGCUGUGGCGAAUGUUCACUGGCGUUUUCCUCAGUGGAUGACCUUCAGCAGCACAUAAAUGAACAUCACUCUGAUGAGAGCACAGCUGAAAAUAACGAAGACGAUGUAAUGCCUGACGGUGAAAGCGUUGAAUCGGUCCAGAAUCCUCCCUCUCAGAGGCCUCAGAGAUUUGGAGCUAGAUUCAGAGUUUCUGCCAUAACUAAGCUCAUUGCGCCUAAACGAAGAGCUACCAGUCCUGCUCAGCCUGCGAGGAGCUCCGCUGAACCAGAGGCGGCUUCUGUCCAAAAUGGGAAGUUAAAAAAAUACAAAUGGUUCAGCUGCAAUCGCUGUAAACAAACAUAUGGAAACCCAGAUGACCUCAAAGCACAUAAAUGCACUUUGAGGCAGCACAGAUGUGGCCAGUGUGGAGCAACCUUUAAUAAGUCUGGUUUCCUGAAAAGGCACGAGCAGAUGGUACAUGUAGAGGCCAAAUCUUACAGCUGCGAUCGCUGCGGUAAGGUCUUCACUACACCUAGUAACCUUAAACAGCAUCAGAAGAGUAACGCUUGUAUGAAGUAUCACUGCACGUCUGAGCUCUUCCCAUGCUCCUUCUGUCAGUUCUCUUUCACCAUGAAGAGCUAUCUUAUUAAACACAUUAAAAGGCACCAUCCCGUCGAGUAUCUUUCACACUGCGAGUCGGACAGCCUAACGGAUCAGCUGGAGGAACAAGAGGGGGAAAAAGAAUAUACGUGUCCUCACUGUGGCAUGAACUGUAUGACUGCCAAAGCUUUCAAAUCUCACACAUGCUUCAGGCAAGUGAAGGUUUUGUACUUGUGUAACGACUGCGGAAAGGGCUUCACAAACCACUACGGUCUGAAACAGCACCAGCGCAUCCACACGGGCGAGAAGCCGUACAGCUGCCCUCACUGCAGCAAAAGCUUCUCGUACGUCGGUCAGCUCAACGUACAUCUCAGGACUCACACCGGGGAGAAGCCCUACCUGUGCACCCACUGCGGGGAGAGCUUUCGGCAGUCGGGAGAUCUGAAGAGACACGAGAGAAAGCACACGGGGGUGAGACCGUACAGCUGCCCCGAAUGCAGCAAAAGCUUCAGCCGACCGCAGAGUCUCAAAGCUCACCAGAUGCUUCACUUGGGACAGAGAAUGUUCAAAUGCACUCAGUGCGGGAAGAGCUUUUCCCGAAACUAUCAUCUCAGGAGGCACCAUCAGAAGAUGCACAUUUAGUCUAAUCGCAUUUUUUUUGAAGACUUUAAAUUAAAAUGAAAUACAGGAGCUUAAAUGUGAACUAAAUUGCACUUUCCCGCUUGUGUACUUGAUGACUUAUUGAAUGUCCUGUACAUAACAUUCUUUUAUUUUUCUUGUAAAGCAUUUAGUUAUUUUUUUUUUUUAGUUAAAAAA